AUGCGGAAGAAUCUUCAGUUUACGCAAGAUUCGAUGCCGCAUCGACAACAAUGGACGGAAGAGAAGAAAACAGAAGUAUGGUCAUCCAGUUCGAAAGGUGCAUGGCAAUAUGAUACAAAACAUUUUUCGCCUGUUACUGUAACACCACCAACAACAAGAAUAACUCAUGAAUUAUGGGAUAGUGGAAAAUUGCAACAUCGUGAUAUUACAAGUUAUGAUGAGAGAUUAGCAGCAGCAAUGGAUACCGGUAGUACCGUACCAUCAUCAACAAUUUUGGUGAAACAGAAUCAAGAAGGACGAUUGAUAUCCUCGGAAACUUGGGAUAGGAAACCUCAAAAAAUAUCAUAUUCCACUGCGUCAACAUUAGAAAAAACACGUGAACUUGAUGAAGAAAUUGCUCAAAAAGAAGACACUCGUCGACAUUCACCAAUAUGGGCAAUUGUAAAAUCAACACGUCAUGAUGAAAGUGAAGGAAAAGAACCGAAAGAAAAAGCGAUAAUAUCAAAUUCCGAUGACAGUAUUCAUACCACACGUACGUCAAAAUGGGAAAUAACGGAAAGAAGCUCAAAGGAACGAUCCGAUAUGACAGCACAACAAAAAACUCCACAAAUAUCUGUAUUCUCUUCUUCACCUAAGGUAUCUCUAAUUUUUUAA